AUGUGUGGAAUCUUCGCGUGCCACCAUCACCCCGAUGUGCAAAAAUUCAAGCCCACGGCCCUGCGCAUGGCCAAGGCUUGCCGUCACCGCGGUCCCGAUUGGAGCGGUAACUUCAUCGGAGAUAACACCAUCCUUGCCCACGAGCGUCUGAGUAUUGUCGGUGUCGACUCCGGUGCCCAGCCACUUGUCAACGAUGAUGAGACCCUCGCUCUUGCCGUCAACGGCGAGAUCUACAACCACCGUAUCUUGCGCAAGAGCCUGACAACCAAGUACAAGUUCAAGACCCACUCAGAUUGCGAGGUCAUCAUUCCCUUGUAUAUGGAGCAUGGCCUUGAUGCCCCCAAGCACCUCGAUGGCAUGUUCUCCUGGGUCCUCUGGGACAAGAAGCAGGACCGUGUUGUUGCCGCCCGUGACCCCAUCGGUGUCACCAGCUUCUACCUCGGCCGUUCUUCCACUACCCCCGGCGCUGUCUACUUCGCCUCUGAGCUUAAGUCUCUGCACCCGGUUUGCGACGACAUCAUUGCUUUCCCUCCCGGCCAUGUUUACGAUUCCAAGACCGACAAAAUGACUCGCUACUUCGAGCCCAAGUGGUGGGACCCCACCAACGUCCCCUCCAACCCUGUCAACUAUAAAGAGCUCCGUCACACCCUGGAGAAGGCCGUCCGCAAGCGUCUGAUGGCUGAGGUUCCUUACGGUGUUCUGCUCUCUGGUGGUCUCGACUCUAGUCUGGUCGCUUCCAUUGCCCAGCGCGAAACUCUGCGCAUGCACGAGGCUACCCGCAUUGCGAUGCAGAAUGAUGGUGCCUCCACAGAGCUCGUCGGCAUUGACGAUGAGAAUGAGCUGUCAACUGUCACCACCUUCCAACAGCUGCACUCUUUCUCCAUUGGCCUGCCCGGUGCCCCCGAUACCGAGGCCGCCCUCAGCGUUGCCCGCUACCUGGGUACCAAGCACCACGCUUUCACCUUCACUAUUGAGGAUGGUUUGGACGCCCUCUCCGACGUUAUCUACCACCUCGAGACCUACGAUGUCACCACUAUCCGUGCCUCUACCCCUAUGUACCUGCUUUCUCGCAAGAUCAAGGCUAUGGGUGUCAAGAUGGUUCUCAGUGGUGAGGGUAGUGACGAGAUUUUCGGUGGUUACCUUUACUUCCACGCCGCUCCUAACCGCGAGGAGUUCCACAAGGAGACCGUUCGCCGCGUGAAGGACCUGCACUUGGCCGACUGCCUGCGUGCUAACAAGUCUACCUCCGCCUGGGGUCUGGAGGCCCGUGUCCCCUUCCUGGACAAGGAGUUCUUGGCCACCUGUAUGGGCUACGACCCCAAGGAUAAGAUGAUCACCGAGGGUCACAUUGAGAAGUACAUUCUGCGCAAGGCCUUCGACACCACUGAUGAGCCUGAGACCGAGCAAUACCUGCCCGAUAAGAUCCUCUGGCGCCAGAAGGAGCAGUUCAGUGACGGUGUUGGAUACGGGUGGAUUGAUGGCCUGAAGGACACCGCCGAGAAGCAAGUUACUGACGAGAUGAUGAAGAACCCCAAGCCCGAGUGGGGUACUGAUAUUCCCGAUACCAAGGAGGCCUACUGGUACCGCACAAUGUUUGACGAGCACUUCCCCCCUUACUGUGCGGGCACCGUUGAGCGGUGGACCCCGACUUGGUCUAAGCAGAGCGACCCUAGUGGCCGCGCUAUUGCCACCCACAACGCCAAGUAUACCAACGUGGACGCGUAA